AUGGUGACUUCAACAGCCUCGACAUCUUCUACUACAGCAACAACAACAUUACUAAAGAGAAGUUUCAAAGAUGCGAUUGAGAAUAAUAGUGAUACCGAUGGAGACGACGACCACCACCACCAACACAUUCACGAUUGUAGAGUAGUCAUCGACCCAUUUUGCUCAGAGGAUGAAGUCAAUAAAUUGCGACAACAACAUCGACAACAACAACAACAACAACAACAACAACAACUAGGUGACACUAGUAGUUGUAUGGAUACUACUAAUGACGAAGAAGAGGAUGAGGAAGAGGAAGAAGAUAAAGUAGAAGAACCAAAGAUAAAAAGAAAGAAAUCAAGUGGUGAUAAUGUGACAUCACAGUCAUCAACACAACCAGCGGUUGCAAGAACAAAGAUAGAUCAUUCUGAAAAGAGAUUUUUGUGUCCUUAUCAGGGAUGUGAUAAUCGAUAUAAUCGUCAAGCCAAGCUAGAGUAUCAUAUCCGUAGUCAUACGGGUGAGAAACCGUACGCAUGCACUUAUAAAGGGUGUGAAGCGUCGUUUGCAAGAGCACAUUACCUUCGAUACCACAUCAAGACACAUACACAAGAGACACCAUUCGAGUGCGAGUAUGAUGGCUGCGGACUCAAGUUCAAACUCAAGCACCAUCUCAAGAACCACAUCACUGUGCAUCAUCUCAAGGAACGUCCGUUCAAAUGUGACCAUGAAUCGUGUGACAUGGCAUUUGUCAAACACAACCAUCUCAAGAGACACGUUGCAGUGGUGCAUCUCAACCAACUGCCCUACGAGUGCACCCAUGAUGGCUGCGACAAGCGAUUCGAGUAUCCAUCGCAACUCAAGACACACGUUGAAGGUGUACACAAGAAAAAGGCAGAGUAUCUGUGCGAGGUGUGCGACGAGGGUUUUUGUCGCUACUUUGAUCUGCUCAAACAUCGACGUGAAGCACACAAGACACAGUUCAAGUGUUAUGUCUGUGGCAAGUUUAGUCAGACUGCCUCACAACUCGAACAACAUGUGGCCACACACGAACAAAAUAUGGGUGAGCGUCACAAAUACCAUUGCACAUACGAGGGAUGUCUAUGCUCGUACACUCGUAAAAAGUAUCUCGAACAGCACGUCGAAUCUGCUCAUCUUGGUAUCACAUACUCUUGCACGUGGAAACUCAACUCCAACGGCGAUAAUUCACAACUCUUGUCAACUAUCAAACCAGUCCAACAUCGUGAUAAAAUGGCAGUUCCUCCAACUAGACUUACUCGCAAGGAAAAAAGAGAAUCCAAACGACAUCAACCAAAAGGAAAAGAAGAAGAAGAAGAGGAAGGUGAUGAUAGUGAACGUGAAGGUGAUAAUAGUGAAAUAGAUGAAGAUAAUGAAGAGGAGGAAGAAGAGGAUGUAGAUAAUGUAAAUAAUAUUAAUAAUAAUAAUAAUAAUAAUGAACAACCAUGUAGAAAUAGUCAACCAAAUAAUAAUAAUAAUAAGAUAAAUCAAAUACUACCAAAGGUAAAGAUUGAAAAAGAGGAAGAAGAGGAAGAGGAGGAAAAAGAAGUUCCAAAACCAAAAGAAGAGGAAAAGAAAGAAGAAGAGAUAGAAGAAGAGGAGGAUGAAAGAAUUUGCAAACGUAAAUUUAAAAAUAAGGAAGCUUUGAAAAGACAUAUUAGAAAUGUUCAUAUCAAGGUCAAACCAGACAAUAAGAAAUCCAAACAAGCCAAAAGAAAUCGUUAUGCAUUUGAUGCUCUUAUUGGAGAAACUUUAGUUAAAUAG